UCCAACCAAAAAAUCUCCCCCAUCUUUCUAAAACCCUCUCCUUCUCUCUCUCCCCCCUUCUCCCUGUCAACAAUGGCUCUCUUCACUUCCAUCUCUGCCUCCCCCUUCUCCGUCGCGUCGCCGAUCGGCCGCUGCCCUUUAAACACCUUCAAGCGCUUCACUCACCCCAUCAUUGCUUCUUCUCUCAGCUCCCCAUCUUCCCCGGAAUCAAAAAAAUCAUCAGCUCCAAGUCAAACAGUUGUUUCCUCCACCGACACCUCGGCAAAUGCUUUUCCCGCCUCCUCCAGACCGCCCGAGCCGAGCUUCAACUACGCCCUUGCCAACGGCAGCCUGUUUGCUCGGUUUGCCAAGUCUGCUGAGUCUUCCAUUGAAAGAACAAUAUUUGACUUCCGAUUUUUGGCACUACUGGCUGUUGGAGGUUCAUUGGCUGGUUCCCUAUUGUGCUUUCUCAAUGGUUGUGUUUAUAUUGUAGAUGCCUAUAGAGUUUAUUGGGGUAGUUGUGUCAAAGGGCAUCACACUGGUCAAAUGGUUCUGCGACUAGUUGAAGCAAUUGAUGUUUAUCUUGCUGGGACUGUCAUGUUAAUAUUUGGUAUGGGAUUGUAUGGAUUAUUUAUCAGUAAUGUGCCUAAUGAUGUGCCUUCCAACGCUGACCGUGCUUUGAAGGGAUCUUCUUUGUUUGGAAUGUUUGCUUUGAAGGAGAGGCCUAAAUGGAUGAAAAUUAGCUCACUUGAUGAAUUGAAGACGAAAGUGGGGCAUGUUAUUGUCAUGAUUCUUCUGGUAAAGAUGUUUGAGAGGAGCAAGAUGGUGCAGAUAACCACUGGUUUGGAUCUACUGAGCUAUUCUGUCUGUAUUUUUCUAUCUUCUGCUUCCUUGUACAUCCUUCAUAAUCUACACAAGGAAGGAUAAUGUUUUCAGACAUCUAUAGUAUAUAAUGUAAAUUUUUUCAGAUAUCUAUAGUAUUUAAUGUAAAUUUGGCUCACCUUCACGUUAA